AUGUCUUCUUUGAAAACACAAAUUGACAAAGCCACCGAUUGUACAUUGACCGACGAUAAUUGGCAGUUUAUUCUUGAUGUCUGUGACACGAUAUCCAAAGAUCCUGAAAAAAAUUCGAAGGAUGCAAUUAGUUUCAUCAGAAGUCGACUCUCCACAAGGGAUGCGAAUACUCUAUUCAGAACACUUUCUCUCAUUGUUGCCAUAGCUGAAAAUUGCGGCUCAAGGUUACAACAAGAAAUUGCCUCGACUAGCUUUCUUCAGGAGAGUGUUUUGAGCAAAUUGUCGGACAAGAAAGUUCACAAGCAAGUGAAGGUACGGAUCACAGAGGUGAUUGCCCAUCUCAAUAAGACAUUUAAGAACGAUCCGUCCUUAAGACCGAUACAAGAUGCGCUACAAACUGUGAGAACAAAAUAUCCUCAGUAUUGUAAAGGGGCACCGUCCAAGCCAGCUAAAACAGCAAUACCUGGAAAAGUCAAGGAGCAGGAAGAGCAAGAGCUCGAACGAGCGCUACAAUUAUCGGUACAAGAAUACGAACGGGAGCAGAGCGUGAGAAAAAUAAACAUAAAGAAUGAAGUUGCAGACAUGCCCCACGAAAGCCGUGAAUCGGUGCUGAAAGAUAGAUUGGAGCCCAUGACGAUCGCCAAUGUCAAAAAGGUCCGCGCUCUCUAUGACCUCAUCUCCUACGAGCCAGACGAGCUUUCGUUUAAAAAAGGUGAUAUCAUUAUUGUUGUGGAAUCUGUUUACCGUGACUGGUGGAGAGGUGCCCUUCCUAAUGGAAAAGUUGGCAUUUUUCCAUUGAAUUAUGUGACCCCCGUCGUAAGCAAAACACCAGAGGAAGCAGCGCGAGAAGCGUCUGUGGAAGAGAGGUUGCUGAAAGUGGAGCAACUAAAGAUUGAUGAGCUUCUUGCUCUUAUCUCAUCGGAUCCUUUGACAUUAGAUGAAGAUAGAGUCACAGAUUUGUACAAUGACGUACUACCCUUGAGACCUUCAUUAGCAAAGGCUAUCGAAAAAUACGGCACUCGAAGAGACGAACUUACAGUACUUCAUGAUCGUACGAGUAAGGCCACUUACUUUUACGACUCAUUGAUUGAUAAAGCAGUACAUCAUAGUGGAGAGUUCCGAGCAUCUGAUAGUCUACCGUAUCCUUCGGGGGGUAGACUUGUUGAGCCGCCAGCUUUGCAACAACAGCUGACGAGCAGUGGCUUUGGGAAUCAAGGGGUUGAUAAUCAUUUUAAUCGGUAA